UCUUGCAGGCACAACUUCCUCCUCUUCCUAUUAUUGGUUGAGGUUACAGAACAUGAUGCAAAUAAAUCACCCCCUUCAAUCCCCCUCUCAUUUUCUUUUCCCUCUUUUAUUGCCAAAAAUUCCUACCCUUUUCCAAUCCAUCCAUUCCUUUUGCCCACAACCCAUUAUAGCAUGAUCUAUCAUUGCUCUCUUUCCUUUAAAAUAUGAUCAUCAAACCCCUAAACAAGGGGAUAUGCCAUCUGGGUUUUCAAGAUUUUGAUCAUUUUAUGGCAUAUCUGGAAAGCUGGGAGUCGAUUCCAUUGGCAUGUGGACAUUGAAGGGUUUGAUUUUUUGGGGAGGAAUUGGGUCGUUUCUCUCUGGCUUUGGAAGCUUUGAUUCUGGGAGGAAUGCGUCUGGUAGUGCUAGUACCCAAGUGGGUUUGAAAUGCUAUGAUUCCUUGGGGACAAUGAGUGUGACGAAAUGGGAUUUUGUUUAGAUUAAGUCUUUUUGACGGUUUCUUGUGUGUCUUAUCCAAAUUUCUUGAAGUUCACGGAACAUGUGUUGUAACUAAUCUCUGAACAGUGACAUCCAAAAUCACAUUUUCUUAUUGGCGGUUUGAGGGUGGUUUGUUCUUCUUUUGCUCUUGAAAAAGAGAAGAAGAACAAGUCUCAAUCACUCUCUGGGAACAUUACAGUGAGAUUCUUUACCGUUACAACCAACUUCCUCUUCAGCAACCGUUGUGGGGUAGUUGUUUCUGGUUUGGUAUAAGGAACCAACGACCCCUUUGUCUCUGUUUUUGGUUUAGUUUGUAGUCAAUUGUAGUCUGCUCUCAGUUCUGGGGGUGAUCAUGAAGUUUCUAAGCGUUGUGGGAAACUCUUUUGGAUGCUCAGCAUCCGGGGAGCGGUUAGUUUCAGCUGCAAGAGAUGGAGAUCUUCAAGAGGCCAAGGCCUUGUUGGAAUGUAAUCCUCGUCUAGCAAGGUACUCUACUUUUGGUGUUAGGAAUUCGCCGCUCCAUUAUUCUGCAGCUCAGGGCCACCACGAGAUAGUUACACUCUUGCUUGAGUCUGGAAUUGACAUUAAUCUCAGGAAUUAUCGUGGUCAGACUGCUUUGAUGCAAGCUUGCCAACAUGGUCAUUGGGAGGUCGUUCUGACCUUGAUUUUGUUUAAAGCCACUAUUCACAGAGCAGACUAUCUAAAUGGGGGUACCGCACUCCACUUUGCUGCGUUAAAUGGUCAUACUCGGUGCGUUAGGAUCCUCCUCACAGAUUACAUUCCCAGCAGUCCGGAUUUUUGGAAUAUGUUAAGGAAUGCAUUAGAGAAUGAAGAACCAAUUACAGAGUUUGAUCAUGAUGUUAUGGGUCAGAUAAUUAACAGGCCUGCUGAUGGAGGAAUUACUGCUCUGCAUAUGGCAGCACUAAAUGGCCAUCUUGAAACUGUGCAACUACUUUUGGAUUUAGGGGCUUCUCUUUCUGCAGUUACUGUGGAAGAUGGAGCUACAAUUGAUUUAAUAGGGGCUGGAAGCACAGCACUACAUUAUGCUGCAUGUGGAGGAAAUGCACAGUGUUGUCAGAUUUUGAUAUCCAGGGGUGCCAGUCUGAGAGCAGAAAAUGCAAACGGAUGGACGCCUUUGAUGGUGGCUCGUUCAUGGCAUAGAAAUGGACUUGAAGAAGUCCUGAGCACAGAGCAAGAAGGCCAGUCACCGAUACUUCCAAGUCUUCCUUCACAAUACCUAUCCCUUCCCCUUAUGAGCAUUGCAAAGAUUGCUAGAGAAUGUGGAUGGAGGAACAAUGAUUCUUUACCCACAUGCGAAGAUCCAUGUGUUGUCUGUUUGGAAAGACAGUGCACCGUGGCUGCAGAAGGUUGUGAUCAUGAGUUUUGCACAAGUUGUGCCUUGUACCUAUGUUCCACAAGCUGCAACACGACUGUGGCGCGCGGCCCCUUGGGAUCAAUCGCAUGUCCUCUCUGCCGGAAUGGCAUAGUUUCAUUUGUGAAGCUUGUAAAAACAAGACCUAUGGUGAAGGGGCCGGCAAAAACUAGUCUAUCCCUAUCAUUUUGCAGCUGUUCAAUUGAUGAACCAGAGACAAGCUCUAUAACCACCCCAUUAUGCAAAUCCAGUUUUCGUUCCACUCGAAAAUCUUCGCUGGGAUAUUUCCGGUCCCAGAGCUUCCAGAAGUUCCCAUCUAUCAAACUCAACUACAGCCUUUGCAUGGGAGGAGUUUCAAACAUUACUCCUUGUCUGGUUUCGUGCUCCGCUCAUAGAUGUUUGAGAGCAGGGUUUAGACGAACAACUUCUCAGCCUGUAAGCAGAAAGUCAUGGCUGUGUGCACUCAAUCAACAAGCAAUGACCAGCAGCGGAGGUUAAAAUACAUUGUUUUCUUCUUUUCUUCUGGACUAUUUGAGUUCUUUUUAAAUGAAUUUCCAUUAAUUUCAUAUUUGUCCUUAGGGUGACUGAAAUCAUUUGCUACUGCAGUGCUAAUUGGAAAAUCUGUAAAUAUACAUUCAUUGAAAAUAAAUCUGUACCAAGAAAAAAGGAAAAGAACAGUCUUCAGUAAAUUCGCUGAUAAACUCAU